AUGUCGGCUCAGCCUUGCUUUAAAAGCGACCCAGAAUGGCGCAACUGCGGCGGCACUAAGAUUGCGGGCAUGGUGGGCCAGGAGAAGGAACUCUCCAUCCACUUUGUCCCCAGCAGCUGCCGGCUGGUGGAGGAGGAGAAAAACAUCCCCAGUUGUCGGGUCCCAGUUACAGGCGCCACCGGGCUUCUUGGCAGAGCAGUUUACAAAGAGUUUCAGCAGAGAGCUGCUGUCCUGAGAAUUCCCAUUCUCUAUGGGGAAGUGGAGAAGCUGGAGGAAAAUGCUGUGACUGUUAUGUUCGACAAGGUGCAGUUCAACAACAAGUCAGCGAACAUGGGCCACUGGCAGCAGAGGUUCCCCACACAUGUGAACGAUGUAGCCAGUGUGUGCCGGCAGCUGGCAGAGAAGGGGAUGCUGGAUCCAUCCAUUAAGGGGACCUUUCACUGGUCUGGCAAUGAGCAGAUGACCAAGUACAAAAUGGCGUGUGCAAUUGCAGACGCCUUCAACCUUCCCAGCAGCCACUUGCGACCUAUUACUGACAGCCCUGUCAUAGGAGCACAACACCCCCAAAAUGCUCAGCUCGACUGCUCCAAAUUGGAGACCUUAAGCAUUGGCCAGUGGACGCCAUUUCGAAUUGGAGUCAAGGAGUCACUCUGGCCUUUCCUUAUUGACAAGAGAUGGAGACAGACCCAGACCGUCUUUCAUUAGUUCAUGUGUUGUAUAUUUUUUUAAAUGAAAAGUAUAGUCUGCGGCACUUUUUCAAGAAUAAAGGAAAUAGUUUUGUAUGAGUACUCCUUAAUUAUGACUCAUGAUCUUUCAGGUAAAUGAUGCUGUUGCACUAGGGGAAUG